AUGGUGCGUCGAAGGGUCAACAAUCAGGCCACGAGUCCCGUGGAUGUCUCACCAGCUGUGGGCGAAGUAUCAACGCUAGAGCCCGCAAGACGAAAGGAAGAAGGCAAUGAGCGUGGGCAAGGGAAAGGGAAAGGGAAAGAAAAUACAGCUCCACGCUCAUCUUCAUCGGCGCAUAGCUGGGUCGUCCUGGCGGUUGCGAGCGGCUUGUUCGCCGCGAUGAAUGGGGUAUUUGCGAAAUUGACAACAACUCACCUCACGACCGCCCUCUCCCAAACCUUAUCCCGCCUUCUUAGCCUCCCUCCCGCCUCAGAGGGAAUCGCGGAAUAUGUCACCCGCGCCCUCUUCUUCGCCCUCAACAUCCUCUCCAACGGGGUAAUGUGGGCUCUCUUCACACGAGCCCUCACGGCAUCAGCAUCGAGCACCAAAGUAACAAUCACGAAUACGACGGCGAAUUUCUUGCUUACGGCAUUGCUGGGGAUGGCUGUUUUUGGGGAGAAGGUCGGUGGGCUGUGGUGGGUAGGAGCGGCGUUGAUGGCGGCGGGAUGUGUUAUUGUGGGGAUGAGGGAGGGGGCGACGGCGGCGAGUUAG